CACGUGACGACGGGGCGACAGCAUGGCGGCCUGCAGCGAUGGCGAAGUACCAGCUGGCCGGGACUCCAUACUGGAGCCACUGUCCUUCCCGGAGGACCCAGGCAGCAGCGCUUCCCUGUCCAGCACCAAGGCUGCGCCCUGUGCUCUCUGCCCGGAUCUCCAGCCCCUUUGGGAAAAGGACCCUCUCCUGAAGCACCUGCUCCUGGAGCACAAGCUUGUCAUCGCCGACGUCCGGCUGGUGGCCGAUUUCCCGAGAUACAUGAUGUACUGGAGAAGGAGAUUUGCGGAACAACCUCUCACGGAUUUCUGCAGCGUGAUCCAGACGAACUCGGAGGGCCCUGUCGAGAAACAGGAGCAGUACUUCCUCCUGUGUGACGCUUUGCCUGAGGACAGGAUCCUGAGAGAGCAGCUGCAGCAGAGGAGGCUGGAGGAGGUCCUGGAGCAGCAGCAGCGAGAGAGGGAAGACAUCACCUUCCAGCGCGCCUGCAUGUUCUGCAACGAAGAGUUCAAAGGAAACAGGUCCUUACUGCUGAACCACAUGGCGAAGGAGCACGCCUGCAACGUGGGCCUGCCGGACAACAUCGUGUACUGCGACGAGUUCCUGGACACGCUGGAGAAGAAGCUCGAUAGUUUACAGUGUCUGUACUGCGAGAAGGUUUUCAGGGACAAGACUACCCUGAAGGACCACAUGAGGAAGAAGCAGCAUCGCAAAAUCAGCUCCAAGAACAAGGAGUACGACCGCUUCUAUGUCAUCAACUACCUGGAACUGGGAAAGACGUGGGAAGAAGUGCAGUCGGAGGAUGAUCGUGAGCUGGCCGAAGACCAAGAUGACGACUGGUCAGACUGGCAGGCCCACCCCUUGCGCGUCGUCUGUCUCUUCUGCGAGCACCAGUCGGACACCAUGGAGCAGAUCUACGCUCAUAUGGAGGAAACCCAUGGAUUUGACCUUCAUAAGAUAAAGGCUGAUUUCAACCUGAAGUUUUAUCAGCAAGUUAAACUGGUGAACUACAUCAGGCGAGAGCUCCACCAGUGUCGCUGCUAUGGAUGCCAGGAGAAGUUUGUCUCCAGGGAGGAAGUGCUGCGGCACAUUGUGGACACCACCCAUGCAAUGAAAAUACCAGAACCUUCUACGUGGGACCAGCCCCAAUAUUAUUUCCCCACUUACGAGAACGAUGCACUGCUCUGCGCCCUGUCUGACAGCGACAGCGAAAUGGAGGAGGCCGAGAGGUGCAGAGGGGUGCCGGUGAUCGCCGAGGACGUGUCCGACCUCCAGGAGCUCAGACACAACAGCGCGUUGAACCACCUGCUCAAGGCUGGGACAAGCGCCCGAUGAGGCUGUUUCAUACCGGCUGCUAAACCUCGUCCAUCUGAUCUGCUCUGGGGUUCUGGAGAUGUUAGCAUCUGUCAAAGUCCAAAACAGCGUUUUUGAAAAUCGUGGGCACACCAAUGAACGCCGUCCUGCUCAACCAUGUUGCCUUAUUAGUUUGUUGCAUUUCCGAGCAAGUAAUCUGUAAAUAACGGUGAAGGUUUGUGAGGAGCAGGAGGAGCUACCAAGUGCAAGUCCAUAAAACAGCUGGCCAGGAUUGUGGUGGAAAAAAAAGGUAUUUGUGGAAGCUGCGCUGAAUAAAUAUCCCUGCACAUUUAUUGUUCUCGUUUCGCAGCCGGGACGCCGCUUUUCAAACAGA